GAGAGAGAGAGAGAGAGCAACGGGAAAAUCUCGUCAGGAAGAGAGGCAUAGAAGGAAAGAGAGAGAUCCAACAAUCUUUAAACUAGUGGUGCUUUUUUCCGGAUGCUGUUAAAUUGCUGUGCCAAAGUCAGCCCAUAACGGAAGGCACGCGGGACAUCUCACCUCCCCCGCUACACGGGCACCACAAAAGCAGGCGAUGUGAAGUUGGAUGCCAUUAAACUGAUGCUGUGAAGUGGCUUGCCAUAGCCGUGACUUCAUCAGGUCUCAGUGAGGAUGCUGUGGGUUACCUUGCUGAGCACCAUAGCCCUAGGAUGGACCACCCCAAUCCCACUGCUGGAGGACUCGGAGGAGAUCGACGAGCCCUGCUUCGAGCCCUGCUACUGCCAAGUCAAAGAGGGCGUCUUUCACGUCCACUGUGACAGCAAAGGAUUUACGAACGUCAGUCAGAUCUCCCAGACAUGGACACGGCCCUUCAAACUCAACCUGCAGAGGAACUCCAUGAGGAAGCUGUACUUCAACAGUUUUCUUCACCUCAACAACGCCGUGUCCAUUAAUCUGGGGAAUAACGCGCUCCAGGACAUCCACGCCGGAGCAUUUAACGGAUUGGGAAUUCUGAAACGGCUGUUCCUGCAUGAGAACAAACUAGAGGUUUUCCGGAAUGACACCUUCCUGGGUCUGGAAAGCUUGGAAUACCUGCAGGCGGACUAUAAUGUCAUCAAGAGGAUAGAGAGCGGAGCCUUCAGGCACCUCCACAAACUCAGAGUACUCAUCCUAAAUGACAAUCUGAUACCAGUCCUGCCCAGCUAUCUAUUCAGGUCGGUGUCACUAACACACCUGGACCUGAGGGGAAACCGGUUAAAGACAUUACCAUAUAAGGGCACGUUGGAAUAUGUGGGGCGGAGCCUGAUGGAGAUUCAGCUAGAGGAGAAUCCAUGGAUCUGUGAGUGUGAUAUAGUUCAGCUAAAAACAUGGUUGGAACGCGUUCCCUACACAGCACUGGUAGGAGAGAUCACCUGCGAGUACCCCUUCCACUUGCACGGGAAAGAUUUACGAGAGAUCAAACGCAGUGAGCUCUGUCCGUUACUCUCAGAUGCGGAAAUCGAGGCCAAACUGGGAAUCCCUCGGUCUCCGUUCAACAACGAGAACACGUGGCCAACAAAACCGUCCUCCAUGCUGUCUUCGUUCCACAACACGGCGUCGUCUGUGGAGUACAAAGAGAGACAUGUCAAACCCACCAAACGGCCCAGGCCAACCAAAAACCCUCCCACCCCUCGUAGUCUCUACCCCGGCCUGAACCAGCCCCCCAUAGCUGGCUACCAGACCCGCCCCCCCAUCCCCAUCGUCUGCCCUUCUGGGUGUAUCUGCAACCUCCAUAUCAACGACCUGGGGCUAACGGUCAACUGUAAAGAGAAGGGCUUUCAUAAUAUCUCAGAGCUCCUGCCCAGGCCUCUCAAUGCCAAGAAACUUUAUCUGAGCGGAAAUCUGAUACAGAAAAUCUACCGGUCUGAUUUCUGGAACUUUUCCAGCUUGGAUUUACUACACUUGGGGAAUAACCGGAUAUCGUAUGUCCAGGAAGGGGCAUUUAUCAACCUUCCCAACCUGAAGAGUUUGUAUCUGAAUGGGAACGACAUUGAGAGGCUAACUCCCGGUAUGUUCCGGGGCUUACAGACGUUGAGGUAUCUUUAUUUUGAGUAUAACGUUAUUCGUGAGAUCCAGCCGGCAUCAUUCUCUCUCAUGCCCAGCCUUCAGCUUGUUUUCCUCAAUGACAACCUCCUACGCACUCUCCCGACCGACGCCUUCGCAGGCACCAGCCUGGCGCGACUCAACCUCCGCAAUAACUACUUCCUGUCCCUUCCUGUGCGUGGCGUUCUAGAACACCUGCAUUCCAUCGUCCAGGUGGACCUUCAUCAGAACCCCUGGGACUGCUCCUGUGACAUCAUCCCCCUCAAAACCUGGAUGGAGAAGCUGUCCUCUGUCAUCAUGGUUAGUGAUGUCAUCUGUAAGACUCCUGAUUUUGCCUUUGGGAAGGAUCUGAGGUCGCUGGAUGCUGAAGUCGUCUGUCCAGAGCUGAAGUAUUCAUCCGGACCCUCCCCAGCUCUCCUCCCCUCUGAUGACAUGACCACCGGUAGCUCUGGUCUGGGGGAGGCUGUGGGGAGGGGGCCGGUGCCUCUAUCAGUCCUCAUUCUCAGUCUUCUCGUUCUGUUCAUCUCAGCGGUUUUCGUGGCCGCGGGCCUCUUCGCCUUCGUCCUGCGGAGACGGAAGAAGCUGCCCUUUAGGAAACGCUCUGAGGUGGAUCUGACGGGAAUCCAGAUGCAGUGCAGGAUAUUCGAGGAUCCGCCGAGACAGACCAGCAGUGGAAGCAUAGGCUCACCUGAAAAGCCAACCAGCGGUCACACACAUACACACACGCAUGGUCACGUUGGCCACACACACACUCACGGUCACGUCUAUGAUUACAUUCCUCACCCUGUGACGCAGAUGUGCAACAACCCCAUUUACAAGCCCCGGGAGGGAGAGGUAGGGGAGGGGGAGGGGGGGCAGUUUGCAGAAACAAAAGAGAACAACAGUAAUUACCGAACUCUCUUAGAGAAGGAGAGGGAAUGGACCCUAGCCAUGUCUAACUCACAGCUCAACACUAUCGUCACGGUAAACCACAAUACAGGGGAUAUAUCGAGUUUUCACGAGAACAGUGGGCUGUGUCCCACCGUGAUUGACAGCCAGAGACCCACGCCAACUGUCGGCUUCGUAGACUGUCUGUAUGGAACGGUGCCGAAGCUCAAGGACAUGCACGUUGCACAUGCACACCCGCCUGGUAUGCAAUACCCGGACUUACAACAGGACGCACGUCUCAAGGAGACGCUGCUGUACACAGCAGGGAAAGGCUGCUACCCUGACCCCUCCCAAAGCGAUUACCUCGAGUUAAGGGCCAAACUCCAAACCAAGCCGGAUUACCUCGAAGUACUGGAGAAAUCAUAUCGGUUCUAACACACGGAGUUUAGCAUAAGCUACGUAUAAACACACACUCUCCCUUUUCCCCAACGGAACAAAAUCACGGAAGAAAAACUCAACAAAAAAGCAGCAUGUUAUUAAAAUGAAAUAUUAUAUGACAAAAAGUUUUCCCCCAAAAUCGCUUUGGAGGAAAGGCCAUUCUCAGAUAUUCAAUGAAGUGCCUUUUUUCAGAGUAGCCAGCAAUGUUAUCAACCCUUAUUUUUAUAUGGAACAGAUUGGUCUAUAUGCUGAGGAGAGUGAGAGAACGAGAAAGAGGAUAGAGACACGGGAAAAAACACAACAUCCGAAAAUAUAUCCCGUCAAAACUGAACCCUUCAUGAGCUCUCAAAUGGUGGAGUAACCCUGUGCGGGAGCCGGAUGUCUCCACUGGGGCUCGUGUUUCUGUCUCGCUAUCUUUCAGGUGGAAAUAUAAACGCCCGGGUGCCGUGCACGUGAAGUUAGUAGGAAUUAAAUACAACAUUUAGAAAAUGAAUUGCAGUUUGCUGCAUGCACUCGACCCAUUGCAGUGGUGAGGGGUUUGCUCAGAACUAUCACUCACGUAUUAAUAGAGAUACUGUAACACAUUACGGUUCAGUGUUCUAUUUAAUUUUAUAUAUUAUUAUCAUUAUUAUUAAAGAGGACUACUAUAUAUCUGGGUGCAAUUCUCAAGGACGUGCUCUCCCAAGGAUGAAAAUAACAUUUGUGAAUAUAUUAUAUGAUGACGCUCAAGGUUUUCUGGAAUUUCACGCACUUUCUUAAAAACCAUGCAUCGGAUUAUCUCAUCGACACUAACGGCUUUGUAGGGGGCACUUUUAAUGUUUUCUCUCUUACAAAGAUUUGAAGAAAAUAUGUGCAUAUAUUUAUUCUGUAAUUUCAGUGAACAUUUUAUUGUAAAGGUAAUGUUAAAUAAAUGUAUAGUGAAUAUG